CAGCAUGGGCUCGCAGAACGACACGCGGAUGCUCCUCGUCGCGCUGCUGAGUGUUCUGACUUCAGCGCUGCGGGCCAGCAACUAUUACUGCGAAGAUCCACUGGUGGCAUCACUCCCCUCGGGCUCCUUUCAGAGUUCAUCAAGAUCCUCUGACAGCCACUCAGCACACUUUGCGAAACUCAACAGAAAAGAUGGCGCUGGUGGGUGGUCUCCAGACAGUCAGGAUCAUCGACCCUGGCUACAGCUGGACCUAAGGGAUCGGCUGGAGAUAACGGCCAUUGCCACCCAGGGCCGAUGGGGCAGUUCAGACUGGGUGAGCAGCUACCACCUGCAGUACAGCGACUCUGGCCGAACCUGGAGAUCCUACAGACAAGACGACGUGCCAUGGACAUUUCCAGGUAACACAGACACAGACUCAGUGGUCCAGCACAAGCUUCUGCACUCCGUCAGGACCAGAUACCUGCGGCUAGUGCCUCUAGAAGGAAGCCCGAGUGGAGGCAUGGGGCUCAGGCUGGAAAUCUAUGGCUGCACUUACAAGUCGGACGUGGCGGAUUUCGAUGGCCGCAGCGCUCUGCUGUACCGAUUCAACCAGAAGUCCACCAGCACGGUGAAGAACGUGAUCUCGCUGCGCUUCCGCAGCAGGCAGGCGGAGGGUGUGCUGGUUCAUGGCGAGGGACAAAGAGGAGACUACAUCACUCUGGAGCUCCAGAGAGGCCGACUUGCGCUGCAUCUCAACCUGGAUGAUGCUAAGCCCCAGUCCAGUGGCAGGCACACCUCAGUAAUGUCGGGCAGCCUCCUAGACGACCACCUAUGGCACUCUGUUCUCAUAGAGCGUUUCAACAAGCAGGUGAACUUCACAGUGGACAGAGACACCCAGCACUUCCGUACACAGGGUCAGGAAGACUCUCUGGAGGUGGACUAUGAGCUCAGUUUUGGCGGAAUCCCUCUUCCUGGCAAGCCUGGGACCUUUCUGCGGGAGAAUUUCCACGGGUGCCUAGAGAACCUUUACUACAAUGGAGUCAAUGUCAUCGACAUGGCCAAGAGACGCAAACCUCAGAUCUACACUGUGGGUAACGUGACGUUCUCAUGCUCUGAGUCGCAGCCAGUUUCCGUGACAUUUUUGAACUCCACUGCCAGUUAUCUGGCCCUGCUCGCUGACCCUGGAAUGGAGGGACUGUCUGUGCGGCUGCAGUUUCGCACGUGGAACCGGGACAGUCGGCUUUUCUAUGUCCCGCUGACACGUGGCCUGGAACCCGCUUCCCUUGUCCUGCAGCUCAGCAAGGGGUCACUCCAGCUGUCUCUCCGAGGACCCCCACAGGGCACUACUCAAGUCUCCACUGGUCGAAGUUUAUGUGAUGGACAGUGGCACUCGGUAACACUGGAGGUCAAAGCUCAGCAGGUCUACCUGUCUGUGGACAAUCAGAAGCCAGCGGUCAUGGAGAUCAUUCGUUUGACUGAAAGCCUGCAGAGGACAACCAUGUUCUUGGGAGGCUGCCCUGCGUCGCAAAAUGGCCUUGUCUUUGAGGGAUCUUGUGAGAAACCGCGCGCAGGGUAUCAGGGAUGCCUACGUCUAAUCUUCAUCAACAACCAGCCAGUGAACCUUGGCAGGAUUCAGCAGGACAGACCAGCAAACUUCAGCCAGCUCAGCUUUGACAUCUGCAGCAUUCGAGACAGGUGUGUUCCCAAUUUCUGCGAACAUGGCGGAGUGUGCUACCAGUCGUGGGACCAUUUUCACUGUAACUGCUCAGGAACGGGCUACACAGGAGCUACCUGUCAUAACCCAAUAUAUGAGCGAUCAUGUGAAGCCUACAGGAAAACAGGAAGCCCUGCAGGAGUCUUCACGGUUGACCCAGAUGGUAGUGGACCAUUGGAGCAUACACAAGUGAACUGUACUCUGGCAGAUGACAAAAUUUGGACCGUUGUAGGCCACGAUCACCUGCAGCCUGUUAGGGUUCAAGGGUCCACUCCCAGAAGCCCCUAUGUUCUCAUCUUCAACUACUCCAUUUCGCCCUAUCACCUCCGCUCCCUGGUGGCCUCCUCAGAGCACUGUCAACAAGAAGUGACUUACCGCUGCAGGAAGUCCCGCCUCUUUGACACCUGGGAUGGGACCCCUCUGUCUUGGUGGCUGGACCGGGAUGGUGUGAAGAGGACAUAUUGGGGAGGUAUCCUGCCUGGAGUUCAGCAGUGUUCCUGCAGCCUUGAAGGCAACUGCAGGGACAUGAACUACUUCUGCAACUGUGACGCAGACCAGGAUGCAUGGGUGAACGAUACCGGUCUGUUGUCUUACAAAGACCAUUUACCCCUCAGUGAGAUCGCCAUCGGAGACACAAACAGAACAGGCUCGCAGGCUCUCUUCCAGAUUGGACCACUGCGUUGCUAUGGAGACCGAUUUUUCUGGAACUCAGCCUCCUUUUUUGCGGAAUCUUCAUACCUGCACUUUCCCACGUUGCAAGCUGAGCUUAGCAUGGAUAUCUCCUUCUUCUUUAAGACGAGCGCACCUUCUGGCCUCUUCCUGGAAAAUGUGGGGGUGCGAGACUUCAUCAGGCUGGAACUUAGCUCUCCUUCCGCAGUCACCUUCACCUUUGACCUCGGGGACGGCCCAGUGGUUUUGACGGUCAAGUCACCUAUGCCUCUGAAUGACCGGCAGUGGCAUCAUGUGCGAGCAGAGAGAAACGUUAAGGAGGCCUCACUGCAGGUUGAUCUGCUGCCCCUCCAGCUGGUAGAGGCAGCACCUGAAGGACAGUACAGACUCCAGCUCAACAGCCAGCUGUUUGUAGGAGGAGCACCUACAACUCAGAGGGGUUUCCUCGGUUGCCUGCGUGCUCUCAGCAUAAACGGAAUGACCUUUGACCUUAACGAGCGGGCUAAGAUGACCCCCGGCAUGAAUUCGGGUUGCCCGGGUCACUGCAGCAGUGACAGCCUCUGCCAUAACGGAGGAAGAUGUGUGGAGAACAGGAACAGCUAUGUGUGUGACUGCACGCAUACAGCCUUUGACGGCCCCAAGUGCAAAACAGCUAUCUCGGCAUCCUUUGAGAGAGGAACGUCUCUGAUGUACGCCCUUCAGGAGCCAUUCUCUGUCAUGCGGAACCAGGAUGCCAAACAGUUGCAGAGCGGCACGUACUCUGAGGCUGUCAAAUCUCGAGAAAAUGUGGCAUUUGGGUUUCUGACCAGGCACGCCCCGGCUUUGCUGUUGACUGCCCAGUCCAAUGACCAGCGCUACAUGGCCAUCACACUUACACAAAACGGCAGUUUGCAAAUCUGGUACAGGCUGAACCAGGAGAGAGGUCCGGACACGUUUAGCCCUAGCUCUGCCAGUCUAGCUGAUGGACAGUUCCACUGGAUCCGAAUGAACCGUGAGGGAAAGGAACUUUAUGUCCAGAUCGAUAACACAGUGACGCAGCAAUACAGCCUGUCUCCUGGCUCCGUGCUCGCACCGAUGAGGACGUUAACCCUGGGGAGGAUGCGAGGAAGUGACAUCACUGACGAAGAGGUGGUCCGUGCAGGAUCGAGAGGGUUCAUCGGCUGUUUGUCCUCUGUCCAGUUUAAUGAGGCUGCCCCUCUGAAGACGGCCCUGCAAAACAAAGGAAGCUCAUUGGUCAGCAUACACGGCCGAUUGGAGGAGUCAAGCUGUGGCAUUACGUCAAGCACAAACACUCUCACUACCACACACACACUCUCAGACGACUCAUCAAAAUCAGACCGAGGGAACGCACCGCUGAAGAAAGCAGCACAGAAUGACUCAGCACUAAUUGGAGGAGUCGUAGCUGCUGUAGUGUUCACCACUCUGUGUGCGUUGGCCGUGAUAAUCCGUUACCUCUACCGACACCGGCAGACCCCACCACCUCAGGUCAUCACAGCAAAGAAUCAGCGACCCAGCCUGGAGCCUCCAGUCUACCGGCCAGAUCUAGACCCUCACAAAGCAAGCCGCAUCAGCAAGGAGUACUUCAUCUGACUGGACUUUACUUCUGCACCUGUGUCAGGCUCACAAACAGCCUAACAUGAGUGCGUGCUGCCCACGCCUAAGCCUUCCGACCCCUCUGCGCCAUCUUUAAAACAGGCUGUCAGUCAACAGACGGCCGCUGAGCCUUGAUCCAGGUUGGAUGGGAUCAUAGGUUUUUGUUCAGCUGGGAUUGAAGGACUCCCCUGUUGCUGGUUAUGCUUUACAGAAAUCUGGCUAAUGGAAAGAGUAAUGUGAAAAAGAACCUAUUCUGAAAGGUGCUGGGAAGAAGAUUAAUGGUUUUAAGAGAACAGUGUGGCAUCAUUUAUAUGAGGAGAAAUGGAUUUUUUUAUGCGCUGUAUGAUAUUACUGAAAUGCAUUAAGAUGCAGCAAGUCAUGCCCAACCCACACACUUCUGAUGCAGAAGCCCAAGACAGGAAACAAAAUGGUGUUUUUGUCCAAGAGGCAAACUUUACUUUCUAUGCUAAGCACAAGUAAGCUGUGGCUUCUAGCUUAUGAACAGAGCGUGGGUUCUCUAGCUAAUGGACCCAGACCACUAAGGGGGGCAUUUCAGAGAGAUGGAUUUUUGGUAUCGGUGGCUGCAUUUCUCAGAUCUUGUUUUAGAGCAGUGGUCAUCAACCCAGUCGUCCUGGAGAUACCCAAGCUGUAAAGGGAGGUUCACACUGGACAUGUUUUUGGCAGAAUGAGGCG